CCCGCCCCCGAGCCACGUGUGUCGCGGCCGCGAGUGUAGUGACCGCCGAGUCCGCCGCGUCUGCCGUUCUGUGCUAGUGACAAGUGCUGUGAGUGGAUGCCUAGUGUGUGCUACUGUCUGAGAUAUGGUGCGUUGACCGGUUCAGGUUCGACGGCCGCGCGCCAUUCAACGGUACCGCCGGAUGUCCACGGAUAAUGCUGGAUUGAGUGACCACGGAACGGGAUGGUGUACAAUUGGUCAGGGUUAUUGCAGUGAGUGGUGAUCAAAGCGGCUAUUGUGUGUUGAGAUGCAGGUCAUGCGAGGUCAAAUUUUACAUCACUAUUUGGGUACCGCGGAUUGAAUGUAAACCAUUGUGUAAAUAAUGUAGAUCGCUCAUCUCACUACGUCGAGGUCCCAAAAAGGUUUAAAUUAAUAGAAUAAUAUGGUGUUAUUUAAAAAAAAAACUAAAUUGACGUCAUCGAUCCUGAUGGUAAGUUGUGUCCUAAAGUGCCCAUUUAUAAUAGAAAAACAUAAAAACUAUUUUUCAUUGUCCAUUUCGUCAACAUUAAUUUUGUAAGCUAUUACAAAACUAUAUUUAAUAGGUAUACAGAACCCAAGCUUCAUGACUGUUCGCGCUUGUCCGUCUAUUUUUUCAACAUUAAUCGGUGGAACGUCAAUUUUGUUGGAUGAGUUUUGAAAUCGUCCGUACUUCGUACCUAUUACGGCGUUUUCGACUCUAACACAGACACAUUAAGCAGUCAUAUAGUCAUUUACGAAGCUCCUUGUGAUAUACGAUUCAACCAUUCGAGUGAGAAAUUUUAAUGAGCCAAAAUUAAUUGAUAUUUUGAUGGUUGUUAAAGCGUUGUGGCCAUGCGUCUUAACAGUACAAUAAAAAAGAAAUAAAAAAAAUAUAUUAUAAUCUGUGUGGAUGUCUAUGAUCUCAGUGUUCGUUUUUUGAAUAAAACAGCCAGUGCUAUAAAUAAAACCUGUCAACAUAGUGAAAAAAAAACUAAUCGAAACCUGCCAGUGUUAAGUGAGGUGCUCGAAGGAGGUUUUUAAAAAGUGACAGUUCGGAGUUGUAAGUAGUGAUGAGUGACAGAUGAUGAAACGCAGCAAGUCGUAUACGUGGCUCUCCGGGCUGCUGAAGACCAAGUCCGAGGAGCAGGACGAUGAGGAGUGGGGUGCGGUCCCGUGGGUCCGAGCAGAAGUCCUGCAGAAUGAGAGGCCGGUGUGCAGAAACUGCGUGGUAUCACCAACCGGGUCAUCACCACCUCCGCUCCACGAGCAGACGUCAUCACCGCCACCUCCAGCACCUGCUUCACCCAUCACCUCGCCUCGAGCAUCAUUACCAUCACCUCAACCAAGCCACAGCGGAUCAUCAGCUCCAAGCCAGUCGAACUCCCCGCACCCCUACUCCUACCCGAACUACAGAAGAAGUCAGCCCAUCCAGGGUCAUUAUCCAGAAUUCAAUUUACUUCAUAGUCACAGCGUGUCACAGUUAAACCAGCCUGGGCAAAGUUACCAUUCGCCACAAUCUCCUCAAUCAGCAAUGUCCCUUUCUCCACAUCCUGUGCCUCAGGGCAAGUUCAGAGGGUUGUUAGAACAUGCUGAACGGCUGAUGAAGCCUGCUGACCCUCAUAGGCAUUCCCAGAGUGAUGAUGAUUCAGGGUGCGCGCUGGAGGAGUACACGUGGGUGCCGCCUGGACUUCGGCCAGAACAGGUUCACUUAUACUUCUCAGCGCUGCCGGAAGACAAGGUUCCGUACGUGAAUAGUGUUGGAGAGAGGUACCGGCUGAAGCAACUCUUGCAGCAACUGCCGCCGCAGGAUAAUGAGGUGCGGUAUUGUCACGCACUCUCAGAUGAAGAGAGGAAGGAGCUGAGGCUAUUCAGUGCCCAGAGGAAGCGAGAGGCGCUGGGGAGAGGACAGGCGAGGCAGAUCCAUGCGCCGGCGCCAUGCGAGAGGUGUGAAGAGACCAUGUCAGCAGGCGACAUGUGUGUCUCUGCAGCGAGAGCCGGUCCCUCCGCGCGCUGGCAUCCUGGCUGCUUCGUCUGCUGCACCUGCCAGGAGCUCCUCAUCGACCUGGUCUACUUCUGGAAGGACGGCAGGCUAUAUUGCGGGAGGCAUCAUGCUGAAACCCUCAAGCCAAGGUGCUCGGCUUGUGAUGAGAUAAUCCUGGCUGAUGAGUGCACGGAAGCAGAGGGACGAGCGUGGCAUAUGAAGCACUUCGCUUGCGCGGAGUGCGCGCGGCAGCUCGGCGGGCAGCGCUACAUCAUGAGGGAGGCGCGGCCCUACUGCCUGCCCUGCUUCGACGCCUGCUUCGCCGAGUACUGCGAUGCGUGCGGCGAGCCCGUCGGCGUCGACCAGGGCCAGAUGUCUCACGAGGGACAGCACUGGCACGCCACCGAGCGAUGCUUCGCCUGCCACACUUGCCGCGCCAGUUUAUUGGGGAGACCAUUCCUCCCGCGAAAGGGUGCGAUAUUCUGCUCGAUAGCGUGCUCUAAAGGAGAACCUCCGACGCCGUCAGAUUCAUCGGGUCCUGGACCCCGACCUCCACGAGUACCUCGACCUAGAAGAAUGCCGUCACCAAAAUCAUCACCACCGAGAAGUCCCCAACGCGAACAGUCACCGCAUAUAGACGCUGAUUCAGAGCCGAGUGGAUCUCUAGCGCCGGAGUCCCCUCCGCCGCACCCGCCCCCACCGCCACACGCUUGCCUUAGCUUAGAUAGAGCGUUAGCAGAUUUGAGAUUAGAACAAUCCAUAACGGAACAUCAGAUACAGCCUAGUCCAAAUUCUGAAGAGCAAAAAGAGGAAUCGCCUGAAGACUGGAAACCGCCGCAUCCAGUCGAAGCUCAAGCGGUCGUAACUCCCGGACAUUCUACAUCAAUGCCGGAGCUGACGUUAGUAGAUUCUAGAAAGUCUCCAAGGAAGCCGAGAGGUGGUCGAACAGUGCGGUUUUGCGGGGACGACAACGAAGCCUUCGAGCCAGAUGAGCCGAUACGAAGAGAAAAGGUUCGAGACGAGGACGCCAGCAGUUACUGCAGCACGUGCUCAUCCUCGUCCUCAUCAGCGGAGUCGUACACGCUGCCGACGAGACGAGCGUAUGGCGGAGUGCGGAUAUCAUACGUGCCCAACGACGCCGUGGCCUGCGCCAAGAGAGAGAGACAGAGGAAGAACGGCCCUCACGACAAGAACUGCAUCAUCUCGUGAUGUUUGCUCACGGCCCGCACCAUCCCUCCUAGCGACACCGACCUCCGAUGACAAGACUGACUCAUUGUAAGUUGUUAGCCCCACACGCCAUAGUAAGUUAAGUAUGCCAGGCCAAGUCUUCCUUUUGCUUUGAGGCUUUGAAACUUGCCGCAGAACGUAGCCGACGUGGUUACAGUGAAAAUGUUUUUUGCUCAACGUUGAAGUAAAACUUCUGAACCACGAGAUUAUGUCUUAAUGCCCAUUAUUUAUGAAUAUAGUUUUAUAAUUUUUUGACACUUAAAUCUUUAGUUUUCACAUUAAUAUAAUAAGAUCUGCCUUCCAAAUCCAAGUCAAACUCUUCGUUAAGCUACAACAUAAUUUUUUCUGUCAAUUUAACGUCAAUCCAUUAUUUUUUCUAUAUUUUAACUUCUGUUUUUAGUUAAAUUAAGUACUGAUACGAGAGAUGAAAUACAAAAAUAUUAUAUUAAAUUAAUAGCUAAACUUUCCUGGCUCGCUCUCAUAGAGGUUAUACUUCAACAAGCCCAGGUGCGUUCACACAAUGCGCACACGAUUGUGAUUAAACGUUAAAGGGUCCCGACUAAUGGAAUUUUGGACGAAAUAAUUUUUGUACUAAUCGCUUUUAAUGUGACAUGCGCACAAUUCGACUUUCGGAUUCAAUUAAAAGGGUUAUCGCGUUGCCUUGCUUUGAAAUUCGAAUGUCAUUUGUCAGCGGCCCGAAAUAUUUGUCAAGCAUUUGUAUGUACGGGAAAUAGUCUUGAUAUACAGUGUAAUAAUUAAUUACUAUAAUAAUACUGAUUAAUUUCAUGACAAUAAUUUGUUGUGUAUUUUCGUGCUACAUUGCGAAUUUUGAUAUGACUUCACCUAAAAUAUCGUUGGGAGCGUAAAGAAUGAGAUGACAUCAGCUUUAACUUAUUCUGAAUAUUAAUAUAUAAAUAAUCGCUUAGACAUAUCUAAUGCUUAACGCGCAUGUAUUAUAAUUUCAAACAUAUCCCAUUUGCCAGUUAGGUUAGGUAAGGUUAUAAGUACAAAAGAAUGUGCGUGGUAAUAUAUUUUAUUACUUCUGUAAACAAAUUUGUGUUCCACCCUGUAUAUAUUAAGAUUUAACCUUAGAAUAGAGACUGGUUCGAAGGACAUAACCUAUUUUGUCAAUAUAGAACCCCGUCUUGAAUUAUACUAAUGUCUUAAGACGUACUAUUGGGAAAUAUGUCUGAUAGUGAAGAGGCAAAAAUAUUUGUAAUCCAUAAUUUUGAUUCCAAUAAAUAAACAAAUCAUAUAACUUUCUUAAUACUUAAAUUGAUUAUUGAAAUAAACAUAAUGAUGAUUGUAUAAUAGCCAUUAAGAAAAGGGUAUGUUAAUACGGAACGUAAAUUAAUUAAGGUCGAAAAUGAAUCAGAAUUUGUAGAUAAAUACGGAUGAAUUGUUCUCUACAAAUUGUUUAAAAUGAAGCUUCAGUUUAUAGUGAAUAUGUGAAAUAUUUAAUAACGAGAAGUCGAUUAUUUACGGCCUGUAAUUUACGUUCCGUUUUACUAUGUUAUUGCAUUUAUAAAACAAAGAAACUUAUGAAAGUUAAAAAAAGAAACAACUAUAAUGAAAAAAACAACAAACCAUCAAUUGAAAAUGUAUCGAACUAAUAAAUCAAUUAAAUUAGAAAUAUACA